GCGUUCAGGCUCUCCCUCCUUGGCUGGGAAGGACGCUGCCGCAACACCGCGGAGACUGGCCCCUUCAUGAGCGGCGACUCUGAGGCCCCUGUUACCACUACUGAGUUAACGGGGGUCCCGGGCUAAGGGGCUCAACAUGGGCAGCUCCCGGAGCAGCUCCCUGAAGCGUGGGCCACCUGCUCCCUUCCCAAGGCCCUGAAUCUUCAGCCCCCGGGCUCACUAAGGUCAGGAGUGGUUGCUGUGUCCUGGGAAGCUGCCUAGACUGCACCCAGCAAGUAUGGCGCUGCUGAAAGUCAAAUUUGACCAGAAGAAGCGGGUCAAGUUGGCCCAAGGGCUCUGGCUCAUGAACUGGCUCUCCGUGCUGGCUGGCAUCGUCAUCUUCAGCCUAGGGCUGUUCCUUAAGAUCGAGCUGCGGAAGAGGAGUGAUGUGAUGAAUAAUUCAGAGAGCCAUUUUGUGCCCAACUCCUUGAUAGGGAUGGGGGUGCUGUCCUGCGUCUUCAACUCUCUGGCUGGCAAGAUCUGCUAUGACGCCCUGGACCCCUCCAAGUAUGCCAAGUGGAAGCCCUGGCUGAAGUCGUAUCUGGUCGUCUGUGUCCUCUUCAACAUUGUCCUCUUCCUGGUGGCCCUCUGCUGCUUCCUAAUGCGGGGCUCCCUGGAGAGCACCCUGGCCCAGGGGCUCAAGAAUGGCAUGAAGUACUACCGAGACACAGACACCCCCGGCCGGUGUUUCAUGAAGAAGACCAUCGACCUCCUACAGAUCGAGUUCAAAUGCUGCGGCAACAAUGGCUUUCGAGACUGGUUUGAGAUUCAGUGGAUCAGCAAUCGUUACCUGGACUUCUCCUCCAAAGAAGUCAAAGAUCGCAUCAAGAGCAAUGUGGACGGGCGAUACCUGGUGGAUGGAGUUCCCUUCAGCUGCUGCAACCCCAACUCGCCACGGCCCUGCAUUCAGUACCAGCUCACCAACAAUUCGGCUCACUACAGCUACGACCACCAGACAGAGGAGCUCAACCUGUGGGUGCGUGGCUGCAGGGCUGCCCUGCUAAGCUACUACGGCAGCCUCAUGAACUCCAUGGGCGCUGUCACACUCCUCGUCUGGCUCUUUGAGGUGUCCAUCACAAUUGGCCUACGCUACCUGCACACAGCACUGGAAGGUGUGUCGAACCCCGAAGACCUUGAGUGCGAGAGUGAGGGAUGGCUUCUGGAAAAGAGCGUGUCGGAGACUUGGAAGGCCUUUCUGGAGAGCUUGAAAAAGCUGGGCAAGAGUAACCAGGUGGAAGCCGAGGGUGCAGACGCAGGCCAGGCCCCAGAGGCUGGCUGAUGGCCCUGGGCCCCCUCCCCUCCUGAACACUGAGAAGUAGCGGACUCCAAGAAAGCGGAUACCCCACUUAUCCAAUCUGAAUCUCCCAAGGAGGGCAGCCAUCUUACUACAGAGACUCUUUCUGAUGGUGGGAUUUAAAGUUUAGGGUCCCUAAAACCGUUUGGCAAACAUUUGUUGAAUGACUUAAAAUAUUAGUGAAUGAGCCCCGGCUCAGGCCCACGACUUCCCGAUAUGCCCUCAUGGUGGACUCAGGGCGCCUCUCAGUGGAUCACUCUUCAUAGCACAUGAAUUCAGUUCCACCCUGAGGCUACUACUGGCUGCACUGAGGGCAACUCCCCUUUUUAAGAGUUUGCCAUUACAGGCUCCAAGUUGUUUCAUUCUACAUCCAAAGUGUCACUUGGUGCAUAAGCACAGGAGUCUGAAAAAUGUACUGGCCAUGUCGUCAUUCUUCUGUUUUUAAAUGCCAAGACUGACAGGACAGCCAUUUUGUUUGUGUAAUUGUGCAGGGCGGGGGAUAGUUAUACUUUUCUAAGAGUAAUGGGCUCUCCAAAGCACUGAGGGCCCACCAGAGGAAUUCUUCAAUCAUGGGGCAAGAGAACUUAAAGACAGGGGAUUAUUUUCCUCACCAAAAACAUAGUUAAAGGCUACUCUUGUGUCACAUACCCAUGCCCUCGCUUAGCCUGGAGUGAGCUAUGGGCUGAGGAAGUCAGGUUGUUGGCUGUUCCGGCAACAUCACGCCCCUGAAGUGCCAGGUGACCUCCUUUGGCUUGUCUGUGGAAGCACUGGACUAGGUGGCUGCUCUUCACUGGAAGAGGACUAACAAUGAGACAAGAGUCUACCCUCUGGACACUGGGCCUCUCCUCUUAGACCCACACAGGUGGCCACAACAGCCCACAUGGGUGACACUAAUGGUCUACAGUGGAGGGCAAAGCAUCCUCUGGAAGCUUCUUCCUGUUUCCUUCCCCAGAUACCUAUCCUGCAAAGCAGUGUUUCUGGAAUGCCUCUGUAUUAAAGAUUCUUUGAAACUCA